AUGUUGAGUUACAUAUUCGGCGGCAACAAACAACAGAAGAAGGAGUUGCCCAAAAAGGCCAUUGUAGAGUUGCGUGAGCACAUCCAGAUGCUUAAUAAGAAACGCACUCAUCUAGAGCUGCAGAUCGCAGAGCAGGAGCUGUUGGCUCGGAAAUACAUCUCGUCAAACAAGGCGAUGGCAAAGAAUGCUUUAAAACGCAAAAAGGGUUACGAAGGCAAUUUGAUGAAGAUCGAGAACCAAAUCGACUCUUUGGAGACUCAGUUGACGGCCAUUGAGAGUGCCAAUUUGAAUUUGGAGACCAUGAAGGCCAUGAAGCAGGGUGCUUCUGCUAUGAAGCAGAUCCAUGGUGAGUAUGAUGUAGACAAGGUUGAAAACACUAUGGAUGAUAUCCGUGAACAGGUCGAGUUGGCUGAAGAGAUUUCCGAGGCUAUUUCGCGGCCUGUCGGUGCAGAGUACGUGGACGAGGACGAAUUGGACGAGGAGUUGGCAGCCUUGGCAGAGGAGCAAAAAGCAGAGGCGGCUCCCGCGCAGAAACAACCCGCACAGAAGAGCCCGGCAUCUGCAUUGCCUGACUUCCCUACCGUUAACAAGACCAAGCCGCAGGCACAGGCCCAAACAGAAGACGACGAGGACGAGGAGGCAUUACGCGCAUUACAGGCCGAAAUGGGACUCUAG